AUGGCCACCGCCGACGGCGAGCCCCAGGCCGUGGCCACCGACCCCGCCCAGGUCCUGGCUCCGGCACCUUCCCCCUCCCUGGCCAAGCGCAAGCCCGAGGCGGAUGCGGAAGCCGACGCCGACCUCGCGCCCCCCAAGGCCGCGCGUCCCGACGUCGACGAGGAGGCCGCCGCCGUGGCCGAGGCGUCCAGGGCCAGGGCUAGCGCGGCUGACAAGGGUAAGGGCAAGAUGGUAGUCGAGGAGGAGGAGGAGGAGGAGGAGGAGGCGGAGGAGGAAGACGACAGCGAGGAGAGCAGCGACGACAAGGAGGGCGGCGGCGGCGGCAGCGACGACGACGACGACGAGCUCGUCGAAGACCCGAUGGCCGAGGUAGAUCUCAGCAACAUCCUCCCGUCACGAACCCGCCGCCGCGCGCCCCCGCAGCCCGGGGCGUACCUCGUCACUCCGGAGGAGGCUGCCGCGGAGGACGACGACGACGACGCUGACGUGGUUUCUGAGGAGGAUGUGGGUGCGGAGGGGGAGGAGAGCGAUUAG